AUGUCAUUGAUCGAGGUCGAUUUCGGCUUAGUCAGGUAUUCGCCGAUUGAAGGGACGCAUUAUUUUUACGAUUCUGCUUUUCCGACGACGAUCCAAUUCCUGCUCAAUGGUGCUUGGGAAUCUUGGGAUGUCGGCUGGGUUCGGCAGCAAGCGCAAGAUCCAGAGGUGAGAAGAAUCGCAAAGGAUGCAGAGGCACGGUUAGUCCACGAGAAUGCCUCUGGCUACAGAGCAUGGCCGCCGUUGUCGCCCGGUCAUUCUAGUCCAAUCCUCAACGGCCAUGUACCAUCUCGCCCCACUAGGGACGCUAUUCACCCUCCAUCGAGGAAUGGAGAGAUAGACGCUUCUGUUUCACGAGAAUUUUCAAAUAGUCAUUCUCAAAGCCCCAGCCCAGCCUCUUCACAAACGUACGGACCCGUGACAUCUACUCAGAUACAUACACCACCUCUCGCUUCUCCAUACUCAUCCCGACCAACUCUCUCGGCUUUUCAUCCCAUAGAUCCCCGAGUCGUUCCGGCGCUUCCACCUGAAGGGGCACUGCCACCCAUCGGCCAUGAAUUUCAGCAGCCCUACCCGGCCCUGGUGACUGAGUCCUCGCACACCCCAAUCUCACCAAUAUCAGUGCCUCACGUUAUGAUCAGAGAAACGAAAAUUCUGCUCUCGCUCGACGGUGACGGCGUUCGCGGACUCUCAGCAGUCCUCCUCGUGGAGUCUCUCGUGAACGCAAUCUGCACUAAGAUAGGGCGUCGAGUCGAUCCGUACCAAAUCUUCGAUCUUAUCGGCGGCACGAGUACAGGAGGUUUACUUGCCAUCAUGCUCGGACGACUCCGCAUGCGGCCUCAUAGAGCGAGGGACGCUUAUGUAAACCUCCUGCAGUCUAUGUACGCGGACAAGUUUAAAUUUUUCAUGUCACUUGAUCCUCACGCAUCAUCGACCCCGAGCGAUGGACUAGCUCUGGAGAACAAAGCCAAGGACCUAGUGAGGAGUGAGGUUGGGGAUCAAGACGAGAUUUUCUUUGAUCAGAGGCGAGACUCUACAAAUGUUUUCGUAAUCUCAACUCAAGUCGAAAUCGGUGUCAACCGCCCUGCACUAAUACGAUCCUAUCUAACUCGCCGUAUGGCUGGCCCUGAACUUGCGCCGAACCUCACAAUAUGGGAGGCUCUACGCGCAACAUCUGCAGCGCCACGCUACAUCGAUCUUCAGGGCGGCUCGGAUCGUAGAGCCGUCAUCGAGCCGGGGUUGAUAGAUUAUGGCACAGCGAAAAAUAACCCUAUACGCGACUUAUUUUAUGAAACACGAAAACUUUAUAGCUACGCCAACGACACGAUGAUUGUUGUCAGCGUCGGUACCGGAACCGGCUUAGACAGAAUGCAGGAAAGCAACGAGAUGGCCAAUAGCGUGGAUGACAGAUCUGCCGAAGCUAAGACGGCUGGGGAUAAAUUCGAAGUGGAUAUGCAAGAUCUCAUUGGCAGGGGAUGGCUGAAGUACUUCAGGUUCAAUGUCCCGGAUCUGGAUGACGUUCCUUUGGAGGAAUGGAACCAGGUGGACAUUCUCAAAGCAAAAACAAGUGCUUACCUCGGCAAGACUGAUGUCAGGCAGCGGUUCUAUGGGUGUGUGGAUGCGGUUGCUGAGCUCCUAAUGGCUGAGCAGGCUGCGUGGGAGCGCGCUCAAGAAAAAGAGGAAAAGGCAAUGCCUCACUUCGAAUUUCCACCCCGGGCAGUCGGCCGAUAA